GUUUGUCAAUUUGCUUCAUCUGAAAAUUUGGAUGUAAAUUGGAUUUGUCCUCAGCUUCUUGAACAGUCAGUCUCCUAUACAGGUAAUGAACCAAGCAAUGCUGAAUCAGAAUUGGACCAGCUGCUUCAAGAUGUUGAGAAGUAUACUCUAGCAAGCCAUCUGGUUUGGGGGUUAUGGGGAAUAAUAUCGGUAAUUUAUACCUCUCAAAAUUAGCUUUUUUAUAGGAAAAUCUACUAUUAAAUAACUUUGAUCUGGAGGUGUUUUACUGACUCUGACCUGAUACACCUUACUUUUACACUCCAUAGAAUUGUCUACAGCCCGCCCCAUCUCCCCAACUCAGUUUGUACACAACAUGCCACCCCCCCACCCCAAACUCCCCCAAUCCAAGUGGCUAAGAGGUGUGGGGAGGGCCAGAGGCUAAGCCUAAUUGGGGUGUGUGUUGGGGAUGGGGGGAUUAAUUUCUCCAAGUUGCAUUUUAAUGUAGUAAAAUUUUCCAAGCCAAUUUAUCUUAUUUAUACGUUUUUUUUCUUAGGAACAUGUAAAUGAAAUUGACUUUGACUACAAGGAAUAUGCCAGGCAGAGGUUUGAACAGUAUUGGUUGCGCAAGCCUGACCUGUUGGGUUCAUCUGGAAUCCCUUCUGAUUGUUUGGCUAAGGGUAAAAAAACAAGCACCAAUGGCAAAUGAUCAUAAAAAAUUCCUCUAUUCAAAGGAAAAGGAUUUUAAUUUGGCUGAAAGGACAGACAUUGAAAUGCAGUGCACGGAUGAAAUAAAGCAACCGUUCAUCAACUCUUCAGUUGCAGCAAUCGGUGUUGCCUUAUACUGAAGAUCCUCUACAUAUUUUCGUACUUCUCUCUUGUUGGAGCGCUGUAGUUGAAGAUAACUGCUUCUAUGAUUUUUAUGGAUUUUGGUCAACAAAUUAAAUCAGUUCGUGGUAGUUUUUAUUUGAAUAAUAUCUGAAUGUACCUUUUCUUAGAGGACGUUGGUGAGUUUGGCUGAGUGGAAUUCAGAUGAUAAAACCAUGUUGUUACAUGUAGAUAAUGGGUACAUUUUGUCUCGUUUAUUUAUUUAUUUAUUUUCCCCUAAAUCACAGAAGAUUUCUCUGUUCUAAGUACUCUACCCCUAAUUGAAGU